GCAACAGUUUCGCUUUCGAAAUCAAUAGAGCAAAAACACUACAGAUAAUGUCCAUUUCUCGCAAACAUGUAGCCUAUCCCGCAAACAUAUCGCAUGUCAGUUUUUAUAACUUUAUUGCGAAUCGUUUCAGUUUACUUUGCCAAGCUAAGUAGCCUAAAACUAGAUACAUGAUCAACCGUUACUUUAAGUAGGCUACAACGCAUGUCAAGUGAGCGUUGUGGAAGCUAUCGUAGUCUAACCGUUAUUCUACAGAAGCAUCAUGCAGGAGUUCUCGCAAAAAUCUAAAUCGGCACUCAGGAGCACGAGCAUGAUGCUGGCGGCAGCCGAAGAGAGAGCGAAAAUGUGGAUGUCUCUGGGAAGAGAAAUGGUCGGAUCGAGAAGGUUGCGCGCUGAGUGGAGAGAGCGAGCGAGUGAAAUGGAGGCGGGGGGAAGUUCCCAUCUCUGCGGGGACUGGAACACCAGCGCCCUGGACCGACAGCGCAGUGCUGGCUAACAUUCAACCCUCCCCUUGUUCCACAACCAGUUCCACACACGCAGCGACAGAUAAAGAAGAUAGUUGAAAAUGAAUGGAGACAUGGAUGCCUCCACUAAAGACCAAGUGUGGUCUCAGGAUGAUAUGUUGAAACUCCUGGAUUCCAUGAAGGUGAACCUGCCACAGUUGGACAUCACCAAAUAUAAGACAUCAGAGUCCCACCUGAACUGGGAGAAGGUGGCUUUCAACUCCUACACUGCAGAGAUGUGCAAGCAGAAAUGGCAGGAAGUCUCUAAAGAGGUACGCAAAUUCCGUACAUUAACAGAGAUAAUAAUAGAUGCACAGGAUUGCAUCAAGAAUCCCUUCAAGGGCAAGAAACUGAAGAAACAUCCCGACUUUCCCAAGAAGCCUUUGACGCCAUACUUUCGUUUUUUUAUGGAAAAGAGGGCGAAGUAUGCAAAGCUACACCCUGAAAUGAGCAAUCUUGACCUAACAAAGAUUCUCUCCAAGAAAUACAAAGAGUUGCCAGAGCGCAAGAAGGCAAAGUAUGUUCAGGACUUUCUGAAGGACAAGGAAACGUUUGAGCAGAGUAUGCAUAAGUUCAGAGAACUACAUCCAGACCUGUUAGAGAGCUUGACGAAGAAAGGUUCCAAUGUCCCUGAGAAGCCCAAGACACCACAACAGCUGUGGUACAACCAUGAAAAGAAGGCCUUCCUUAAAACAACCCCAAGUGCAACAACCAAAGACAUAAAGGACAGCUUGGGAAAACAGUGGACACAGCUCUCAGACAAGAAGAGACUUAAGUGGAUCGCUAAGUCUCUAGAGCAGCAUAAACUAUAUGAAGAGACAAUGCGAGAUUUCAUCCAGCAGCACCCGGAGCUUAAUAUGACGGAGGAGGACAUUGUGAAGUCCACCCUGACCAAGGCUGAGCGACAGCUAAAAGACAAAUUUGACGGCCGACCGGAUAAGCCUCCACCGAACGGUUACUCCAUGUUCUGUGCCGAGUUGAUGUCCAGCAUGAAGGAUGUGCCUAGCACAGAACGCAUGGUCAUGUGCAGCCAGCGGUGGAAGCUGCUCAAACAAGGCGAGAAGGACGGUUAUCAGAAGCGCUGUGAACAGAGAAAGAAAGAGUAUGAAGUAGAAAUGAACCGCUUCCUUCUUAGUAUAUCUGAAGAGGAGCAACAGAGAGUUCUAGGAGAGUAUAAGAUGGCAGGCUUUAAAAAGAGCAGUGGGGUCAGCAGUCCGUCCAUUAAAAAGAAAACCUCCAAAGCCAAGGCACAGAGUGGCCCAGACAAGCCCAAACGGCCCAUCUCGGCUAUGUUCAUCUUUGCGGAGGAAAAACGGCCUAAGCUCAAGCACGAAAGGCCUGACCUCUCUGAGAGUGAACUCAGCAGGCAACUUGCUCGCGUGUGGAACGACCUUCCAGAGAAGAAAAAGGAGAAGUACAAGAACCUAGAGGCAACCCUAAAGGCACAGACAGAGAAGGCGGCACAGGAAGAGAAGAGCAAGCUGCCAGAAACCCCCAAGAACGCUCAGGAGAUUUGGCAGCAGAGUGUCAUUGGUGACUACCUUGCCAAAUUUAAGAAUGAUCGGCCCAAGGCCCAGAAAGCCAUGGAGAGCUGCUGGAACACCAUGGAGAAGAAGGAGAAGAUUCUGUGGAUCAAAAAGGCGGCUGAGGACCAGAAGCGAUAUGAGAGAGAGUUAAGCGAGAUGCGAGCCCCACCUCCGGUGAUUGUUCCAGGCAAGAAGAUGAAGUUUGAGGGCGAGCCCAAGAAGCCCCCAUCGAAUGGCUAUCAAAAGUUCUCUCAGGAGAUGCUGUCCAACGGUGAGCUCAACCACCUCCCUAUGAAAGAGCGCAUGGCUGAGAUUGGGGGCCGUUGGCAGAGGCUCCCACAGAAGGAGAAGGACCGAUACAAGAAGAUUGCUGAGGAGAAGCAGAGGCAGUACAAGGGGCUACUGGAAGAGUGGCUGGCGAGUUUGUCCUCACAGGAGAGAGCCACCUACAAGGAGUAUAACUCACAGAAAAGAAAGAGCACAGCAAAGCCCGGUGGCACAACUGCUAAGGUGAAACCUAAGGCAAGGAAGAAGUCGGUUUCAGAGGAAGAGGACGAAGAGGACGAAGAUGAUGAUGAUGAAGAGGAGGAGGAGAAAGAGUCUGAAGAGGACUCAUCCAGCGCAGAGGACAGUGAUGAAGAGGACGACGAUGACAAUGAUGAUAAUGAUGACGAUGACGAUGAAGAGGCGGACGAUAAAGAGAACAAAUCCGAAAGCAGCAGUGCUAGCUCUCAGGACUCAUCAGGUUCCGGGUCGGACUCUGAGUGAGCCAGGUCGGCUCACUUCUGACCCUAGAGACUUCAGAGCAGCGCCCAAGCUGAGCCAUGAGUUGCACAGGCAGGCUCUCUGAACCUGUCCUGCACUCCUCCAACCACAAGGGGGAGCACUCCCUCUGCACCACGUCCACACGGUGUCAUCCACCUUUAUUGUUCAUCUGUUGCGUCCCCCCCUUCCGGUUGUUCAGUCCACCGUGGCAAAAUCAUUGGGCAAAAUUAUUUGAACCGAUGACCCAGACCAGCUUACACCUCAGCUUUUCAAAUUCCCUUUGGCUUGUCAGGUGGCUUGACAGUGCUAAAUGGGUCCUUGUGGUUUUCUAUAGGAAACUGGCUUCAGUUUUGUGAUUGCAGUUGUAUUUGGGACGCAGUUAUUCACACCCUAAUCUGACGUUCCGUACAUGUCUCAUCCUGAGCCAAAGAAUCUGUCUGUCCACAUGGUUAUGUCAAGAAGUGCAGGGGACCAAAUAAUUGCACUCUAAGAAUGUGCUCUGUUUGUUCAUCUCCACCGCCAUCUUCUUGUUUCUUUUCUUUGUAGCUGCUCCGUUACCUCCGGUCCAUUUCUCGUUUCCAGUGAUUGAUUGUUUGUUGUUCAAAAACUAUUUGGUUCAUGAUGAUGUGGUGUCUUCAGGAAAAUUGAAGCCAUUUUGAAUGUUCCCCCAGUGAAAGGACACAGUUACCGGACUGAUUGUGCAGUUUAUUUAUAAGGCACCUGUCCUUGGUCUGGUUUGUAUGGACCACAAAUCUGUCCUGUGUAGGGACACCCUCACGUUCAAGAGGAGAUCUGGUUAUUUUUCUGUAGAAAGCAAAGGUUUUGACCACCGGCAGGCUGAAUAGCCGUUCCAAUGGCCUCAGAAAUGGUAGAAAUGGAUUAAGCAAUGUUAAGUUUUGAUAUUAAUGUAACUAUGAUCUCAGUGAUCAAACUUCUAUGAGGCUUUUUUCUUGACUUGGGGUAUAUAUAUAUAU